CUCUCUUUUCUUUUCUCUUUUUUCUUUUUCAUUAAUGUAUGAUAGUGAUCCUUCUGUAGAACAAAGACGUAUUUGGAGCGACGAACAAUUGGAAUUACGCAAAAGACUUGAACUCACAGACAGACUUGAUUUUACUUUGGACAAUCUACAUUAUGUAGGAGGAGUCGAUUUAAGUUUUCCACUUGGAGAUCAUGAAAAUGCAGUUGCUUGUUUGGUUGUCAUGACAUUUCCUGAUCUUCAGGUUGUUUAUAAAAAGUUUCUAGAAACCAAACUGUAUCUUCCUUAUAUCUCUGGCUAUUUAGCCUUUCGUGAAGUGAAUCCCUUAAUGAAUUUGUUGAAUGAACUUAAAACGAACCAACCAGAGAUUUAUCCUCAAAUUCUUCUUAUAGACGGAAAUGGACUGCUCCAUCCUCGUCAGUUUGGUAUUGCUUGUCACUUGGGCGUAGUAUCCGAUACGCCUACAAUCGGCGUAGCAAAGAACUUUUUGAUGAUUCGUGGCGAUUUAGAUGAUGUGAACAAGAUAAAGGCCACAUGCCACGAGACAUUAUGGAAAAGAGGCGACCGUUUAGAUUUGAUAGGCGAGACAUCAGGUAUUUUGUAUGGGACAGCAUUGAGAACAGGAAGCAAGAACCCUGUGUUUGUCAGUCAAGGUCAUCGGGUAUCUUUAGAAACGGCGGUCAAGAUCGUUUUGGCUGUGUCUCCUCGGUAUAGGAUACCAGAACCGAUUCGUAUGGCUGAUUUGGAAAGUAGAGCGUAUAUCAGAGAAAAUUGGAAAUACAAGUAAAAAAGAAUGGGAGGGAGUUAUAUCCAAUGAACAUAAAAAGUAUCUAGUCGUGCACUUUAUUUCAUCUGCGUCUAAAGAAACACAUUAUUAACAGACUCUUUACUCUCGAAAUGAUUCGCUUGUUGUAUUUCAUAUAAAAUAAACACCU